UGCGCAGCGCCGCUGGAGACAAAACUCCUUCACAGCCGCCGCCGCCGCCGCGCUGAAGGGGAAAAGAGGAGGCGGACCGGGGCGGGAGAAAGCGGAGGUAGCGGGACUCUGCCUCGGCCAUGGCGGAGCGAGGGGCUCCCGGGGCCGGCGGGGGUAGCGGCGGCCAGCGAGGCUCGUUGGUGCCUGCCCUGCUCCAGCCCCCGUCGUCGUCCUCCGCCGUCUCCUCUUCGGCGUCUCCGGCUCCUCAGACUGCCCCGGGGCAGCAGCCACAGCAGCAGCCGCCGCCUCAGCAACAGCAGCAGCUCCUCGUGCCCGGCGGGUCCUUCGCCCCGGGGGGAGCUGUGGGGGCCCCUCCCGGGGCGGCGGCAACCGGGGGGCGCCCGGUGCAGAUGAACCUGUACGCCACCUGGGAGGUGGAUCGGAGCUCGCCCAGCUGCGUGCCCAGGUUAUUCAGUUUGACCUUGAAAAAGCUCAUCAUGCUGAAAGAAAUGGACAAGGAUCUGAACUCCGUGGUGAUCGCAGUGAAACUUCAGGGUUCCAAGAGGAUCCUGAGGUCCAAUGAGAUUGUCUUACCUGUCAGUGGACUUGUGGAAACCGAGCUUCAGCUAACCUUCUCAUUGCAGUAUCCCCACUUCCUGAAGCGAGACGCCAACAAGUUGCAGAUCAUGUUGCAGAGGAGGAAGCGGUACAAAAACCGGACCAUUCUGGGCUACAAAACUCUAGCUGUUGGCCUUAUCAACAUGGCCGAGGUUAUGCAGCAUCCUAACGAAGGGGCCCUUGUUCUUGGACUUCACAGUAACGUGAAAGAUGUCUCUGUUCCUGUUGCUGAAAUUAAAAUCUAUUCUCUGUCCAGCCAGCCAAUAGACCACGAAGGGCUUAAAUCAAAGUUAUCUGAUCGGUCUCCUGACAUCGAUAACUAUUCUGAGGAAGAGGAAGAGAGUUUCUCCUCUGAACAAGAAGGUAGUGACGACCCCUUGCACGGACAGGAUCUGUUCUAUGAAGAGGAGGACCUUAGGAAGGUGAAAAAGACUCGGAGGAAACUGACCUCAGCUUCUGCAAUUACUCGGCAGCCAAAUAUUAAGCAGAAGUUUGUGGCUCUGUUGAAGAGGUUCAAAGUGUCAGAUGAGGUUGGCUUUGGUCUGGAGCAUGUUUCCAGGGAACAGAUCCGGGAAGUGGAGGAGGACCUGGACGAGCUCUACGACAGCCUGGAAAUGUACAAUCCCAGCGACAGCGGCCCUGAGAUGGAGGAUACGGAGAGCAUCCUCAGCACGCCAAAGCCGAAGCUCAAGCCUUUUUUUGAAGGAAUGUCGCAGUCAAGCUCCCAGACUGAAAUCGGAAGCCUUAAUAGCAAAGGGAGCCUUGGCAAAGAUGCCACCAGCCCAAUGGAAGCCUCCAUUGGGGACAAAAUGAAACCUGCCAGGAGUAAAAAUGCAGACGACAGCCUCAACGAAGGAGAUACGCUGGAAGGGAAUGAGCAGGAUACAUUUGGGGACUCCACUGCCACUUUAGUCAUCCCCGAAAAAGUCAAGACACCAAUGAAGACCGGCAAGGGGGAUAUUCAGAGCAUGGCGUCACCCAGCAAAAUGGACAGCGCGACGCACACGCCCCGGCAGAAGCGCAGCACUCCCCUCAAGGAGCGCCAGCUUUCAAAACCCCUCAGUGAAAGGACCAAUAGUUCAGACAGUGAAAGGUCACCGGACUUGGGUCACAGUACACAGAUUCCUCGCAAGGUCUUCUACGACCAGCUCAACCAAAUCCUAGUGUCAGAUGCUGCACUGCCAGAAAACAUCAUCCUCGUGAACGCCAUCGACUGGCAGGGCCAGUAUGUAGCCGACCUUCUUCAGGACCAAAAGAGGCCGGUUGUCUGCACAUGCUCUACCGUCGAAGUGCAAGCUGUUCUCUCUGCCGUUCUCACGAGGAUUCAGCGAUACUGCAACUGCAACUCCUCCAUGCCGCGUCCGGUGAAGGUGGUGUCCGUGGGAGGCCAGAGCUACCUAAGUGCCAUCUUGAGGUUUUUUGUGAAGCAGCUGGCCAACAAGACGUCGGACUGGCUGAGCUACAUGAGAUUCCUCAUCAUCCCGCUAGGUUCUCACCCUGUAGCAAAAUACAUGGGCUCUGUGGACAGCAGAUACGGCAAUAUGUUUCAGGACUCUGCCUGGAGAGAGCUUUUCAGUAAAGCCGAACCCCCUGUGACAGAGCCUUUUGAUGUGGUUGGCCGGAUCACGCAGUAUGUGAGUGGAGCAAAUGUCACCCACCAGUUGCCUGUGGCCGAGGCAAUGCUGACCUGCAAACACAAAUUCCAAGAUGAAGAUUCUUACCAGAAAUUCAUCCCUUUCAUUGGGGUGGUUAAAGUGGGCCUCAUUGAAGAUUCUCCUGCGACGACAGGAGACGGAGAUGAUCCUCCCGUCAUCAGCCUGACAGUGCCCUCCACCUCUCCCCCCUCUACCUCCGGCCUUGCCAGGGACGUCACUGCCACUCCUCCGUCAUCUCCCUCUAUGACAAGUGGGCUGGCGGUCAUGGGGUCCCCCAAUAGUCCCUACGGGGAUGUCAUUGGACUGCAGGUGGACUACUGGCUUGCUCAGCCCACUGAAAAGAAGAAGGAAGGGGAAAAGAAGGAUGCCAGUUCUAAAUACACGCUCAAGAGUGUCUUCCGCUCGGUGCAGGUGUCGCGGCUUCCAAACAGUGGGGAAACCCAGCUCUCCGGGACCAUGGCCAUGACCGUUGUCACCAAAGAGAAGAAUAAGAAAGUUCCCACCAUUUUUCUGAGCAAGAAACCCAAAGAGAGGGAGGUGGAUUCCAAGAGCCAAAUGAUUGACGGAAUCAGUCGGCUAAUCUGCUCGGCGAAGCAACAACAAACCAUGCUGAAAGUUUCCAUCGAUGGGGUGGAGUGGAGUGACAUCAAGUUUUUCCAGCUAGCUGCCCAGUGGCCCACUCACGUGAAACACUUUCCUGUCGGACUGUUUGGCUCCAAGCCGGCCUGAUGUCAGCAGCGGGGCCACCCCUCCUGCGUCCUCAUCACUCCGCUGCAACAUGGCGUCACGUCUGUCCAAACCAUCAGCCAAAGCGACGCCCUCUUGUGGUUACUUCACCCGCAUUGCUGUCUGUCGAUCCGGUCUCUCCAGGGAGGGGCCGGGCUCUGGUGCCAACAGAGAUGCUACUUUUUUGCCUCCAGCCCAGGAGCUGCUGCUGACCGCUUUCUCAUGUUUGCUGCCACAUCAUGUCGUCGGGGGUCGAGCAAAUUGUGUCUUGAGGACAAACCCCGAAAUCUUGGAUUCUACCGGCCACCACACACACUCCGCGCUGGUGCAUCCGUGUCUUCCUGAAGAAUGUCUUGGAGAACUUGUGGUCCACGAAAAAAAUCUGCCUUCAAGCACCAUCGUUCUUGUUCCGUGUUCAGGCUUUGCUGAGCCAAGGGAGAGCUACCCCGAGCCCGCUCUCUCGUUCUCACCGUUCUUUUCAGAUCCAGCCAUUCCAAAAGCACAAAGCUGCAGAGGCCGCAAUGGCUGUUUCGUGUCUCGGACUCAGCUCUGGCUUGGCCUUGCCGGGAGCGGGAAAGGCCUUUCUUCUCUUUCCCCGCCCCCUUCUUGUGUUGCUGCUGUGGAAUAGAGAGCACCAGGCUGGCAGAAGGUGCCUUCACCGCUCACGUGAGGCUUCCCACCCCUGCCGGGGAGGAGGAGGAAAGGUGAAGGCAUAAAACUCCACGUGAACCUCUCUGGCAGAACGGCCUGUUCAGCCUUCUGUACUUGUAGUAACCUUUUCGCACAAUACUUUUUAGACCGAGCAAUCGGGAUAACUAUUUCUUCCCCGCAAAGUGUCGUGUGAGGAGCAAGUGGCCCGCUAUCUACCCACCAGCCUCUUGCAGGCAUUAUGUAAGGGAGGGGUGUCUUGUUCGCUAGUGUGGCAUUACCCGGGAGUGUGGCCCGGGGUGGGAGGGGGUUGUCCACCAUUUUGGGCAGGAGGUUAACUUCCACUGACAAACGUUCUGUGCAACUUGUGCUUGGCGAGAGCAUUGAGGGAUCAGCCCUGAGCAAGUUCCAAGCGGCUUCUGCGAAGGAUAAGACUUGUUUUUUGCCCUUUUCAUUCUUGGCUGCUUCUUGAGUGAGUCCUCUGUGUGACGACUCCCCCCUCUGCAGGAAUCUCAGCCGUUUCUGAGGCGGGGAGGAACGGGGGUUGUUGCAGCCUGUCCCGUCUGUUCCUAUUUUUAAAAAAUGCAGGUCUGUGUCAUGGCUCCUUUGGAACAGGGGCAGUAUGUGCCAUACUAAAAGCUACAGACCCUGCCAAACAUUCCUUUCCCAAAGUGUCUGCUGUCAUACAGUGAGAGGAACGGCCUUUGCCCCGAGAAGUCCCCGUUGAAGAAAUCACCUGAAUUUCCGUGCAAGGCUUUGCACCCUCAGCCUAGCAAUGGUCAGUUUGACAGUGAUUGAGGAAUGCAGAAUGGCUGUGGUGUUUGUUUUUGGUUGGGGGUGGGGGAGGUGGGGAGAGGCUGCUUCUCUGUAGCAAGCCUGCACUUUGAAAGGUGUGUUUGUGUGCGGGAUGAGAGCUCUUUCCCCCAGAUACUUCCCUCCCCCGCCCUUGUCCCAGCUCUGCUUCUUUUUCUAGCUCCUGUUUUGUUAAAACUUGAGAGAGAAAAAUGUCCCCUGAGGAUAUCAUGCCAGGACAUAGAAUGGCAUCCCUGGGCUUCCUCAAUCUUCUAACUGUUUGCCAUCAGAUGCACACAGUGUUCCAGAUCUGGAGGGCAUUCCAAGAUCUUUCCUGCCCUAAACUUGCCUCGGACCAGCAAUAAACAAACCCCAUCUUUCAGUGGCGUGUGCAGGGUAAUCUUCAUGAAUGUACUUUUUGACAGCACAGUGUCAGUCCACUUCAGUGGACAAUGGAGCAGCUCCGGUCCACAAAGCUUAAAACUGCAAAAUGCCCAGGGCAGCCAGGAAUGGCUCUGACAGGAAACAGGGUCCGCGGCCACAGUCACUCCCCUGGCCAGUCCAUGUCAGUAUCCCCUUGUCGUUUCAGAGGUCCCAAUAUUUGAUUCUUUGUAGCUGGGAUUGGGCCUGAAGUACCUGAAAAUGACUCUGUUGGUUUCUGAGCAGUUAGGGUGGAAGGGAAGCUUUGUGGACAGGAGGAAGAAAGGAGGCAAAUGAAUCUUAGCUCUUGGGCCAGACUUUCUUCUCCCUAAACAAAAAGGGGUGAAUCUCAGUUUCUCUUCUCUUCGGACUUUUUCUCCCCAAGGCCGUGUCCUUCCCACCAGACCUUACCAUGAGCCGCUUGUUUUGAUUGAGUGGCCAAGAUCAGCAUCUCCAUUGUAUUUACGGCUGGUAGGUCUUUGUCCCCCGAGGGGAGGGGUAGAUUUGGUGGUAGAGUUCUUUCAAAAUUCCUUCCUGUGAGUUUGUGCUGCUACAGUUGGAAGCAACUUGGCACAACUUGGGCUCUGAUUCUCCUUGGACAAGAUGCGCUUUCCCCUAAACUACCAGUCCUUUGAAGGGUGUCUUGUCUAUCUUCUGUCUUGAUUGAGAUCCUCUGCCCCCCUCCACGUCUGCGUAUUGGAGAAAUUCAUCCCACUACAUUCUAGCAUGUCCCUUGUCCCCUAGGGGUUUGGGGCAGCUGCUUCCUCUGCAUGAAAACUCUCUCUCUCUCUCUCUCUCUCUCUCUCUCUCUCUCUCUCUCUCUCUCUCUGUGUCUUUCUCUAGAGCAGGGGGUACUUAAAUAAGCACAACUCUGAAUAUUCUUCCCCCAUCUGCUCUGCAGCAAUGAUGUCCUUGGCAUUCAUUGGUUCGCUGUGUAGGUUCUUCUUCCCCUUGAUAGUGGAACCAAUGCCACUCCCUGGCCCAGAUUUAACUUUUAGAGCAUGAUGGAUGCAAACAAACCCUCAAUCAUGCCUGUAAUCGCAAUUUAUUAUGGGGGGGGGGGAGGAAUUCCAAGACCCACUCGCUUUCCCACAUAGCCAGCCCCUAGGAUUCCUUGGCCCUUUGCCAGGGAGUGGAUUGUGUGCCUCAUCCUCUUCUUUUCCAUGUCCAAAUUCAUUUCCCUGACAGGCCCUUCUUUUGAGAGCAGAUUUCCUUUCCUUCAAGGCUGCAUUGAGUCACGAUCCACCCUAAACCAAGUGCUGCCCACCAGGUCUGCCUAGCAGCUGUCUGAAGCAUGAUAAGCCUCAAUAUAAUUUUUUUCUUUUGCUGCCGCCUGCUUGGGAAUGCAACAGCGGGGAUUGUCGAGCUACAGUCUAUGCCCGACACUGCAGGUCUCAAGCUGUGCAAGUUGGCUGGGGGGCGGAGGGAAGAUUGGCAUGAAUGGCUGGCUACCAGUUGGCUUUUCCUUCACCGAGGUGUAGGUCUCUCCAGCUCCUCUGGGUCUCUUUGGUCCUUGGCCAGUCUGUGUCUUUGCCCACAUUCCAGCCCACAGCAGAAGAAGCCCCGCCCCCACAGUUUGUGCCCACUUGUCAAACCAGCGCAAGGCUGCCUUCCCGUGCGUCCACUGUGCUGCGUGCCUGGUGUCCAUUUCUGUGGCCCGCCUGUUUGGAUUCCUGCUUUUGCAAAGGGCUGUGCUCUCGCUCACGAGUGGGGUCAAGGAUCCCACUUAACGGCUUUGUCUUCUCCAUUUGUGAAGCUGACGUUUUCCUCCUGCUUUCAAAUCCUUGAAAUUAGGCUUGCCUGCCUCAGCCCCCCUGUCCACUGCUUGCGAGGGAUUGUGUGUCUUUAUUUUUUUUGAUGCUGAAACCCUGCAGCUGUUUGCUUUGAGCAUGUGUAUCCCCGCACAAAUAACCUCCCUGCCCCAAGCCCUCAGGGUCUGGUCCCACAGAACAGUUAUGUUAUUGGAACAGCAAAGAUCCUGGCGCCAAAAACGUAUUCCUGUGCUGCCGUUUCACCCCUCUGGAAGUGGAGAACCCGGCAACUGCACCUUUCCUCCAGGAAAGAAAGGCACCUUGAGCUUGUCGGAUCCACGUCUCCCCCGAUCCAGUUCAUACUUCGUAUCCAGCAGAGCAAGGCUCAGACUCCAGGCGGCCUCUGUGCAGGGUGUGAUCUACAGUAGAGGUCAGUGACUUCAUUGCCUGCGUUUAGACCACUCCGCGAGCCACUGAAGCCCAGGUGGUGUUCCUUGCAUCUCCACCCCCACCACACGAAAGACCCUACCAAAGAGGAAACGACGCCUACCAAUCAGCUUCGUGUGAAGAAGCCCCAGAGGACUCCAUGAGAUCUUUGCUUGUUGCUUUUGCACACCCCCAAGCCCACCCUGCCUCACAACUAGUUUUCUGAUGUCUUGACUGUUACAGUAAGUGGGUCUUGUCCUGGGCCGUCAUGUUUCCUGUUUUGCUGUGUAGACUUUGCACAUUCUGGAACAUUUUUCAUCUAAUCCAGAUUGUCUGGAUUUUUCUUGUGCUCUUCUGUGUGUGUCAGCCACUGUACAUAAAUGAGUUUUGUAUAUAAUCUCAUUUUUGUAACUGUGUUUAAUUUGGGGCGGGCGGGCGGGUUGGAUUGCAGGCUCAAAACUCCUAACACACCAUAUUCAGAAUUUCUGUCUGGGUUCGAUUUCGGAGCCUUGUUGGUAUUUGACAUGUUUUAUUCUUGGGGGUCUGUUGUCCCCAUCCUAUUUUUUUGAGUUUUUCAUUAAAUAAACUGUGUGUUUUUUUCUUAA